AUGGAAGCCACGACCCGGAUUGCGAGACUUUUGGGUGCGUCGAAAAAUUGCUAUGCGAUCGUGGCUGUUGAAGUCUCGUCUCGAGGGUCGAGGAACGCGUCUCAGAACGGCAUGCACGCCUCGCAGCUCGCAGGCGGGUUCAAAAUGGAAGCAGCCACCAAGGCGUCAUCCAGCAGAUGGUUGCGCCAGUCAGAGACGGCGGCGGGCGGGAAGGUGGGUGCCGGUGUGCCACGGCGCAGACGCUCAGGUGCUUCUUUCCACCCCUCUACCCGCGACUUGGAGAGGUACCGCGAUACCUCGACCUGGAGAGGCACCUUGCCUUACAUGGAUUUCUUGCCUGAGGCACAGAACAUAGCAGAGAGGUGGUCGACGGGAUUGGUCAAGGUACCGGGGUACGGAUGCGCUACCUUCCACCUUCCACCUUCCACGGACGCCGACCCCCUCCCCCUGCCCUUGCUUUUGACGUGCUUCUCCCCUGCAAACCCUGUUCCCAGUGGUUCCAGUCGCCAUCCCCGGUGCGCCCCUCGACUGCAUGGCAAAGUGGCUCCGAAGAAGGCUUCGUGGGCUUCCACACUUUCGAUCGAUGUUCGAGAAGGCGGCCAGAAGAAUAAGCACCACCAGCCCGAAAACUGCAGCGGCCGAUCAGUGAUGCAUUGCCUCGCACUACAAUCUCACCAACUACGUCGACCUUACCACGGCCAAAUCAUUCGCCCAUCCAUUUCAUAUUAUCCCUCCAUCAAUAAUUCAGAUGAGUCCAUCACCACCAGUCGCUCCUCCAAUCUUUCUGGAGUGAACACAGGGCGAGAGUUUGACGACCAUCGGCACCUACCCACAGGAAUGGAUACGCAGGUUGGUCAGCCACUGCGGGACAAGGUACCCUUCUGCAAGUAUCUUCUCCCCCCCCUCCGUCAUCGUCCCAUGCCUGCCAGGGGCUUGGGCUUUAUUCCCUCCGCCUUGCCUUGCACCCCAGGCCCUGACCUGAGCCUACUCUACGCUGCUACAGCCUACGGACACUACUAG